AUGGAUGGCCUGACAAGCUACUUGAUUCUUGCCCUAAUAUCUUUCCUUCCCGUGGCCUCUACUAUUGAAACCGCUAGUGUACCCGGAGAGAACCCAGCAAAGGAAAUGAUUCGAGUCGGGCUAGUUCACAACAGGAACUCGAUCGCCGGGAAGAUGGUGACGAGCUGUAUAUUCAUGGCGCUUUCUGAUUUCUACCGCACCCACCCUAAUUACCACACUCGAUUGUCGAUUCAAGUCAGAGAUCCAGCAGACGACAUCGUCGAUGCGGCAUCAGCAGUUUUAGACUUGAUGGAGAAUGAAGAAGUCCAUGCAAUCCUGGGCCCAGAAUUGUCCUCACAAGCCAGAUUUGUAAUCGACUUAGGAAUGAAAGCUCAAGUCCCAAUCAUAUCCUUCUCCGCCACAAGCCCAUCCCUUUCCCCCACACGAAGCCAAUAUUUCGUCCGGACAGCCUACGAUGACAGUUCACAGGUUGGUGCUUUAAGGGCCGUUGUUCAGGCUUAUGGUUGGAGGGAAAUAACUCUUGUUUAUGAAGACACUGACUAUGGCAAUGGCUUGGUUCCAUACCUUGUCGACGCGUUCCAAGAGGUUGAUGCUCGGAUCUCUUAUAGAAGCGUUAUUCCUCCAUCUCCGGAAGAUAUUGACAUCGUAAAAGAGCUCAAUAAGUUGUUGGUGAUGCAAACAAGAGUGUUUCUUGUUCAUAUGACUGCUUUGAUUGGGUCUAGGUUCUUUGUUCUGGCGAAUAAUUCGGGACUGAUGAGUGAGGAGUUUGCGUGGAUUGUCACCGAUGGUAUGUCGUCUUUACUGGACCCGGUCAUCUCUAAGGCUUUGGGCUCGAUGCAAGGUGUGCUAGGUGUAAGGCCACAUGUACCACCAUCAGAGUAUCGUAGAGAUUUUGAAGAGAGAUGGACGAAGCUUUACGCCGAGAGAAAUUCACACGAAGAGAUUGCUGAUCUCAAUCUCUUUGGCUUAUGGGCAUACGACACCGUUACAGCACUAGCAUUAGCAGGAGAGAUGGUAUGGGAGCCUGCAAAGUCUAGAUACUUAAAGCCGAAUACGAGCAGAAACAAUCUCAACUUUUCGUCUAUCGGGAUUUCGGAGAUGGGCCCGAAAUUGCUUGACAAAAUUCUAAGCAUCAAAUUUAUGGGCGUCAGCGGAGAAUUUAACUUGACCAACGGCAAACUUCAGCCCAUUACAUUCGAAAUCUUUAAUGUUGUAGGACAGAGAGAGGAAAUAGUUGGUUAUUGGACUUCGACGCAAGGACUUUCACCCGAAUUGAACCCAUCACUGAAGGCAGAGUACACAGCUUGCACCAACGCUUUGAAGCCCCCUACUUGGCCAGGAGAUACAUUAAAGACACCGAAAGGUUGGGUGAUGCCGAUAUCAGGACAGAAACUAAGGAUUGGGGUUCCAAAGAAAGACAGCUUUAUGGAGUUCUUUAAAAUUGAAUGGGAUCCGCAUACGGGCGUGCCCAGCUACUCAGGAUUCGUCCACGAUAUGUUUCUUGCCGUAUUGGAUGAAUUGCCUUUUGCUAUUCCUCACCAGUACGUUCCUUACGUGAACGAGAGCAGGCAAAGUGCAGGAAACUAUGAUGAUAUGCUGUACCAAAUCAAACUUCAGAAAGUCGAUGCGGUUGUAGGAGAUACGACUAUUGUUGCAAAUCGCUCGUACUACGUCGAUUUUACACUCCCCUACUCAGAAUCUGGCGUAGCAAUGAUUGUCGCUAUUAAGGAUGACGAGCGGAGGAACAUGUGGAUCUUCUUAAAACCAUUGAGUUGGAAUCUCUGGCUAACGACUGGUUUGGCCUUCAUUUUAACUGGGAGAGAAGAUUACGAGCAAUUUAACAAGGCUUGUGCUUAUCGUAUGGGUAUUUGUGGUGCUCAUCCUGACUCAGAGUUAUACUGCAAGUUUGACUUCAUUUUUUACCGUGCAACGUUUCACACCGAAGUUCAUGGACGUGCAAGACUUGAUAAGGAAUGGCCAUUCCGUCGGUUAUCCGAAAAAAUCUUUCGUGAGAGACCUUCUCGUGGGGCAGCUCAAUUUCAAUAA